AUGAAGCACCGGCACGCCGCAACCUCCAAUAACCACCUCCUCAAUGUAGUCAAGAUUGUGAGCCACUUGGAGAAGGAACUCCCACUCCAGCGAACCCACACGUUACCUUUACAGUCCUCGCCCCAUCGGGCCCCCGGGGAGCAGAUGCGGUCAGGUCGCGAUGUUGAGGGGGGCGAGCUGGAGGCAGAAGCGGCGGAGCUGCUGCUGCUGCUGCCGGCGGCUCCGCCGCCAGAUGCUCUUCGCGAAUGCGUGCUGCGCUGCGAAGUUUUAGUCGGACCGGAGUAUUACGCCGCCAAGCAAGCCAUGUUGGAUGCGGAGCAGCGGUUGCUGCGGGCGUUACAGUUCCGAGUGGCAGUUCCACAACCCCACGCACUGCUGCUGAAUGCGGCGCGCUGCGUUCGGAUGCCCGGCGGUGUGCAGCGCCUGGCUCUGGCGAUGCUCAACGACUUGUGGGCGUAUACGGACUUUUGCCUGCUGUCGCUGCUGCCGGCGGAGGCGGCGCCAGGACCGGCGCCUGUGGAAGAUGCGGGAGGGCGCAGGGGGAUCAUGGAGGAGGGCGUGCUGGCGGUGGUGGAGGCCGCGGCGAGGCUGUCGGGCUGGGUGGUGCGGGUGCCGAGUCAUGCACGUGACGCGGGGCUUCAUUGGUGGCAGCUACUUGGUGCAGCCCUGGACGAGACGGGCAUGGCGGUGUGGGUGACGGCGGUGGUGGAGGCGUGCACCGCAUGCCAUGCUGCAAGAGAGGCCGCGGAGAGGGGGUUAUCAGCGGAUUUCCGUCGGGGGGAUGGCUGGAUAGUCGCCGGUGAUUAUAAGGAGGCUGUGCGCCUGACUGAUGAGGGCACGGGCGAGACGGGGCGCAUCUCCGCACAGUAG